AUGCAUGUAUGCGAUGUUGUUGUCAACUUUUCAAGUGUUCCCUUCAUAUUGAAUGCUGCUGUUGAACUCAACCUGUUUGAGAUAUUGUCUGAGUUAGCCCCCAACGGUGCAUACUUAUCGGUUUCCGAAAUCGCCUCAAAGCUUCCUUCACAGCAACCUCAACUCCACAACAGGCUGGACAGAAUGCUUCGUGUGCUUGCCAGUUUCUCACUUCUCAAUUCGAGUGUCGUCGUUGACCAUGGCGUUGGCGGCAAGGUAAACAUUAAGGAUGCAAUUGUUGAUGGAGGAAUAGAGGUGUUCAAGAAGGCUAAUGGAAUGUCGGUGUGGGAGUACAUGGAGAAGGAUGCAAAACUGAGUCACACUUUCAACAAAGCAAUGGCAGGAAUCUCUGCCAAACAUAUGAAGAAAUAUUUGGAAGCAUACGAUGGAUUUAAAGGAGUGUCAACGCAGGUUGAUGUUGGAGGAGGUACUGGACACUGCCUCAAAAUGAUCGUCUCCAAGUACUCAUCUAAUUCUGAGCAAGAGAAUCAGGACGCUGGUAACAACGACAAAGCUAUAGUUACUCACCAAGGGGUGACUAACCAGCACAGAGAAGGCACCUCAGGGGUGAAGGACCCGAAGGAAAACUCAUUCGAGGGGCACGAAUCAGGCAAAGAAGGACAACCCCACGCAACUGAUUUCAUGGGAUUGUUCCAUGGCCACCAGGGACGGCUGGAAUAG